ACCUGUUGUACAGACACGACGUGACGUUCGAUAGCGUUCUUACAGAAGUGGAAAUACUCGACACAUGCAAAUAUUCGACCACUUGUUUGUACGAUCACAUAAGAUGGGCCGACGCAUUCGUAAUCGUCUACAGCGUGGUGGACCUGUCGAGUUUUAACGAAGCUCAAUACCUUUUGGACGAGUUGAGCAAACACAAAUUGCCGUCGUACUUCGCUACACUGUUGCUGGGCAACAAGAGGGACUUGGACCAUUCCAGGCUAGUGGCCGUGGAUGCGGGACAAGAGCUGUCGCUGCGGUUCGGCUGUCAGUUCUACGAGGUGAGCGCGGCCGAGAACUUCGCGGGCGUGUCGCUGGCGUUCCACUCGCUGUUGCGCGAGACCCGGGCGGUGCAGCUGCUCCGCGGGCUGCCGAUCAGGCGCAAGCUGGGCGUGAACAGCGUGUCCAAGGUGCUGGGCACGAUAUUCGGCAAGAACAGCAGCAAGCGGGACCGGAAGAAGCGGCCGUCGCUGAGCAUAUGACCCGCGUGGGCGUCCGCCGACACGGCCACCGCCGCGGGCGCUCCGAACACGACGCUCACGCUGUGAACACGUACGCGCGAAGAAGAGAGAAAAAAUGGAAAAUUGAAAAAAAAAUAAAAACCAAAUAAAAAAAAAUUAAUAAUUUCGCCUCGACGCCCGCCAACCUGGCACCCCCUCCACGUCCCCUCCAUUCGCGUCCUCGCAGUGGUCGAUUAUUUACUCGCCACGAUCGAAGGAAGUCGUCUUCGCGGCCCAUCACGUUAAAUCGCCGCAGUUUGGUGGUGCACGUCCGCUGCUGCUGCGGCGACCGAAGUGUAAAAUAUUUUGUUAUUUAAAUGGCGGUGAUGGCAGGCGCAUAACAUCCGUUUCCGUUCCGGAUGAUGGACAAGGAGGAGCUGAACAUUAUAGUGUAUACGUAUAAUUAUACGCGUAGUGAAGGCGCGUGCGUGACGGUGAUGAUACUGCGGCAGCCUAUCAUCGUUGGAUUCGCCUGCAACCCGAGAGAUUGCGAGAAACGAAAUAAAUACAAAUUUUGAGUGGGACAUGUCCGACGGGUCGGUCGUCGAUGGACGAAAACCACGGACGACGCAUAAUAUCGAUCAAACGACGUGUCGUAUUAUAUUGCAGAUUAUAUCGUUAUGGAAUUCCGUAUAUCGGCCCUGUCGAUGACUCGGUUUUGACAGAAACCAACCGAGUUGUACCGACACCAGCCGAAUGUGACAACGAAGUAUGCCAAAAAAAAAAAAAAAAAUCGGAAACGAACUUUCGGCGAGAAAAUAAAAAUCACACGUACCCGCCAUCCUUCGUAUAAUAUGGUCAUUGCACGUCUAACGGCGGCGGCCGAGUUUUCGGUAACGAUGGCGAAGCACAUAAUACAAUAUCGACGAUGAUAUUAUACUGAAUGACUUUUCCGCUGAACGAGAUGAUGUUUGAUAUCCCGUCGACAAACGACAUCGGACUUGAACGUUUUCGAAAACUGCGACGGGUCGACAAUUUAUUUUUAAAAAUUUUUUUGGGUUACUCGAAAGUCGAAAUCCA